AUGGCGGUUUGGCGACUGAAGACUGCUCGCCAUGAGGCUGGAGCGCCGGUCCCACCCCAGAUUCAAAACGCCACUUCGGAAAUCAAGGAACAGGCUCGUCAGGCGUCACCUGAAGACCGCCCAUUCCCUAAUCUGGUGGCAGCAGGAUCGAGGAUGAUAGCCUCAUCGUCUGCCUCGGACCCCAUGAUGCUGGAAGCAGGGCCAGGGACGCAGGCGCCCGCAACGGCUCCAGAACCACUGCCAGAGGAAGCCAACGGCCCAGAGCAUACGCAGGAUUGCUCCAGUCCAGAAAAUGGGCACCUCCCAGAUGGGGAAGCCCAGGCGAUUACCAAGCAAAACAAGGCCGGGGAUGACCAGGCCCAAGAUGCCAGGGAUGUGACGGACAGCUCUGUCCAGCCCAUUUCAUCACCUGCGCCCGUGAGCGAGUCUGCUUCACAAAGGCCACCGGCAAGCCCAGCUGCCACCCAGCCCACAGCCAUGGGCGAUGAAGCAGCUACCACGGAGACCGUGGCGGCGGACGCCAGUGAGCAGCGCGGAACCUCGGCCGCCGGAAAGCUAAAGCGCUUCAACGAACGUAUCCUGCGCAAAGCUGCAGCGCCGCUGCUGCCAGCGAAGGUGCAAGACCAGCCCUCGACCAGGCUGCCAACGCGGAGCCGACGGAUCACGGCACAGCCGCUGUCUAGAGUGCGGGCAUCCAUGCGCGGCGAGAUUCUCGUCAUGAAGCGGCUCGGCAUGCUCCCUGAGCAUUCCAGACCUUCGUCGACGGCCGUUGAAGCUUACGACAGCAUCUCGUUGACAAGCUGA